AUCAUCGUAUGAACGUUUUCGAUUUGAACAACUGCAUAUUUUCAAUGUUUUUGAAAUUUGCUCAUUCGGUACACGUUACUUACGUAAUGAAAUUGUUUGCAUAUGCAAAAAAGAUAUCGAUAUAAAAGUAAUUAUUAUUGUUAAAGCCACAGUUUGUUUCAUUAAGUCGCAGUAGUAAUGUUGUUCGUUACAAUUUAUAUGAUUGGUUUAUGUUCAGCUGUUCUAGGAUUCGCACAAACGCAUCUUGAUAUAAAUGACGCAUCAGCCGCUAAAUCAAUCGCUCCAGAAUGUGGCCCUAAUGAAGUAGCGACUGAUAAUAGGAUAGUGUGUCCACCGCAAACAUGCGAGAGUAUAUACAGAUUAUACUCAUGUAUUCAAACUCCAUCUGAGGCUGGGUGCGAUUGUAUAGAUAAUUAUUUGAGAAAUUCGAGCGGUGUAUGCAUACCUAGUGUUGAAUGUCCACCACCACCUGAACUCUUUAAUUGUGGUCCAAAUGAAGCGCCUACUACUGAUCGAAUUGUGUGCCCACCGCAAACUUGCGAAAGUAUAUAUAACUCAUACCAAUGUGAGAUAAAACCUCCUGAACCUGGAUGUAAUUGUAUAGCGAACUAUUUGAGAAAUGCUAGCGGAGUAUGUAUUCCUAGUGACGAAUGCCCGACAAUCUCAGCACCACCUCCUGAAUGUGGCCUUAAUGAAGAAGCUACCGACAAUGCGAUAAUAUGUCCACCUCAGACUUGUGAGAGUCUCUAUACAUUGUAUGACUGUUUACCAAAUCUACCUGUACCAGGCUGCAAUUGCGUUGACAACUAUUUAAGGAAUGCCAGCGGAAUAUGUAUUCCUAGUGAUCAAUGUCCUCCUCGCGUUUUUGAUAUAAAAUGUGGACCAAACGAGAUAAAAAAGGACCAGAAGACUGAAUGCCCACCUCAAACUUGCGAGAGUUUAUAUGGUAUAAACUUUUGUAUACCAACAGACCCAGAACCUGGAUGCGAUUGUAUUGAAGGUUAUCUUAGAAAUGAUUUUGGAGCAUGCAUACCAAGUGAAGAUUGUCCAUCGUAUGAUAAUGAUUUCGAUGACUACGAAGAUGUUAAUUAUGACUACGAUACGAAUUAUUCAUCAUCAGCAAAACAAUUUUUACUCAAUAUAUUCAUUGUAACAGAAAUCGCUAUGUGGUUUUUGUUGUUUUUAAGUAUUUUGACUUUUCUCGGGGUCGACGGGGUGAGUAAUAUAUCUCCAAGAUGUAAACCAAAGCCAGUAACACCGAAAUGUGGUCUAAAUGAAGUAUCAUCUAAUUGCAAGAUAGUCUGCCCACCGCAAAGCUGUGAAAGUAUUUACACUACCUAUAUGUGUGAAGAUCUACCUUGCGAAAAAGGGUGCAAUUGUAUAAAUGGCUACCUUAGAGAUGCUAAUGGUACAUGUAUUCCAAAUGAAGAAUGUCCUUUAGGACCUAUUAAUCCUGUGUGUGGUCCUAACGAAGAAUUAAGUGACUGUAAAAUAGUUUGUCCACCGCAAAGUUGCGAAAGUAUUUACUCAACAUACCUGUGUGAAGAUCGUCCUUGCGAGGAAGGUUGUAAUUGCAUCGAUGGAUAUCUAAGAAAUGCUGAUGGUGUUUGUGUACCUAAUGAACAAUGUCCAACCGGUUCAACAACCCCUGAAUGCGGUAUAAAUGAAGAAUUCAGUGAUUGCAAGAUAGUCUGUCCACCGCAGUCUUGUGAGAGCCUCUAUACGGAAUAUUUAUGUUAUAAUGGAGGCUGUGAGUCGGGAUGCAACUGUAUUGAGAAUUAUCUUCGAGAUGCCAAUGGAACUUGCAUACCUAGUACUGAGUGUCCAUCACGUGAUUGGAAUGGAUGUGGCGUCAAUGAAACUUACGUAGAUUGUGCAUUUCGUUGCCCAAACCAAUACUGUCCAGAAAAUGACAACCGUGUAGAGAUUGUUUGCAAACCAGGGCGACCAUGUCCGCCUGGAUGUGCCUGUAAACCCGGCUAUAAGAGAAAGAGCAAUGAUGACGACACCUGUGUUUUAGCUUCUGACUGUCCUCCAGUAUCAUGUACUAGACCUAAUGAAGUAUGGGAAUCUUGCGCUCCAUAUUUGCUUGCUGAAAAAUGUGAAGACAUUGAUAACCCACCUAGUACAUGUGAAACAACGGAAAACGAUUGUCAACCUAAAUGUGUGUGCGAGAAAAAUUACUUUCGAAACAAAGAUGACGUUUGUGUGCUUGCCGCUGAAUGCAAAGUUGUAAUACAACCGACCUAUGAUAGAUGCACUCCAACUUGUGCUGUGCCAAAUCCACGAAACUGUCCAUCGAAACAAAGUAGUACAUGUGAUACCGGUUAUAUUUUAUCAAGGGAAGGAGGAGAGUGUAUUAAAAUAGAAGAUUGCCCCCAGAAUUUGGGAUGUAACGAUGAUCCAAAUGCAGUUGUUAAGGCAUGCCCUUCACCAUGCCCAUCAACCUGUUCUCAUCCAAACUCACUGCCAUGCAAAAUACGUUGCGAGCCGGUUGGUUGCCAGUGUGCACCCGGUUACAUUCUCUCUUCAGUAAAUGGAAAGUGUAUACUACCUGAGGAAUGUAAAGGUGGUAAUCCAUGCAGGAAGAAUGAGAGAUUCGUCACUUGCAGAAAUGGUUGUCCAACCGAUUAUUGUCCAGUGGAUGAUAGCCGCGGUAUAGUUAUUUGUGAAACAUUCCCUUUCUCACCUUGUUAUUCCGGUUGUGUGUGCAAUUUGAACCACAAAAAGCUGAGCCAUGAAGAUGACCGAUGCAUUGUGUCUUCAGAUUGUCCUCCCGUUAACUGUACAAGACCUAACGAAGAAUGGAACCCUUGUCCUUCGGAUUGUUUGGGCGAGUACUGCGAUAGUGCAUUUAAGGAACCAGUUGUCUGUAACACGUUGCUUCUGAAUUGUCAACCUCGAUGCACUUGUAUAAAGAAUCAUUUUAGAAAUGAGAAUGAUAUUUGUAUUCCUGCGCAAGAGUGUCCCAAGGAACCUUGCAGUGUUACACCGCAGUGAUGACAUAAUGUUUUGUCUUAUUAAAUAUGUAUAAAAUUUUAUUGUCAGAAUAAUAAAUUUUAAAUUGACAACAAUUUAAAUAUAAGUUAUUUUUAUUUAAUA